UUCCUUCCUUUUGUGAUACUCUGACUGCAGCUCAAGCGCAAUAAGAGGCAGCACCAGCGCAGGAGUGGAGAUUGGAUUUGCACAGCUGGGAGUUAGCAACAGAUAGAAAAUCUGCUGCGCUAUUUCAUAUUCCUCAGACUCAAGAUUAAAACUGAACACAGCGGAGCAGCGUCGUGGACAACAACAUAUGCCACAAAGAUAAUGAAGAGUUCACUCUUAGUAAGUUAAAAAAAAAAAAAAAAGAGAGAGAGAGACCCGAAGUACAUAUUUAUACAUUUUUUUUUCUUUGGUCUGUGUUUGCAUGUUCUGCAAUGUCUGGAUCUCUGUGCAAAAGUUUAUAUGGUUUCUCUGGAGAACAGCAUCAGCAGGGCUUGAGGUUCGAGGCUGGGGAAAUUAUUAAAGUUUUGCAAGUGGCUGACGGCGGCUGGUGGGAAGGAGAAAGGGAUGGAGUCCGGGGAUGGUUCCCAGCAAGUUACGUCCAAAUAUUAGAGAAGCCAAUAUCAGUUAGCCCCCUGCCUGAAAAUGAGCCAGGAAACAGCCCACUUCCUGAGGGAUGGCAAAGCUACAUGUCACCACAAGGGCGCCGGUACUACGUCAACACAUUCACCAAAGAAACUACCUGGGAACGACCAACCAACUCACCUGGUACUCCAAAGAGCCUUCUGUCACAGAAGAACUCCAUACCCACAGUUAAUGGAUAUCACACAUCGGGAAGCCCUUUACACCAGCCAGAUCAGCCUCAACCAUCACUGAGAAAACCCAGCAGUGAUGUACAGAUCCCGGGGUCGAUGUCACCCUCAAAAAAACAGAUCAAAGAAACCACUAUCACUAUAAAUUGUGUGACAUUUCCCCAUCCAAACACCAUGCCUGAACAGGAGCUACUGAAACCUGGCGAGUGGAGCUAUUGUGACUACUUUUGGGACGAUAAGAAGGAUCCCCAGGGUAACACCUCAGUGACAGGGUUUGAGGUUCUUCUUCAGAAACAGCUAAAGGGCAAGCAGAUGCAAAAAGAAAUGGCAGAAUUCAUCCGGGAAAGGAUAAAAAUUGAAGAGGAGUAUGCAAAGAGUCUUUCAAAGCUUUCUCAGAUUUCUUUGGCAGCACAGGAAGAAGGCACUCUGGGAGAAGCUUGGGCUCAGCUGAAGAAAAGCUUGGCAGAUGAGGCGGAAGUCCAUCUUAAAUUCUCCUCGAAGCUCCAAAGUGAAGUGGAGAAACCUCUUCUUACAUUCCGAGACAACUUUAAAAAAGAUAUGAAAAAAUUCGAUCACCAUAUCACGGACCUUCGAAAACAGCUAGCCAGUCGCUACGCUGCAGUAGAAAAGGCACGGAAAGCGCUGACAGAUAGACAGAAAGACCUGGAGAUGAAAACCCAGCAGCUGGAGAUUAAACUGAGCAACAAAACAGAGGAAGACAUCAAGAAGGCCAGGAGGAAAUCCACACAAGCAGGUGAUGAACUUAUGCGCUGUGUGGAUCUCUAUAACCAGGCCCAGUCCAAGUGGUUUGAAGAGAUGGUGACAACAACUUUGGAGCUGGAGAGAUUGGAGGUGGAACGGGUAGAGAUGAUACGGCAGCACCUUUGUCAGUACACACAGCUGAGGCAUGAAACCGACAUGUUUAACCAAAGUACUGUGGAGACGGUUGAUCAGCUGCUUCAGAAGGUUGAACCUGCCAAGGAUCGGGAACUCUGGGUAAAAGAGCACAAGACUGGGGACAUCCGGCCGGUGGACAUGGACAUAUAGAUGAGCUUCCCAGUUUUACUUCUUUUGGUUUUUCUUCUAUAUAGCUUGAGCUGAUACUGUAACAGACUGGUAUGCAACUUAGCUUUUCAGAGGUAACCAAUACACAGAGAUACUGUAACACUUAAUGACCAUUAGAAAAACUGCAGUGGAAUGCUGAAUGGCUAAGAGUGGCUAAAUAAUAUUAUUGGUAAAUAAUUAUUAAAAAUAAAUAAUUAAUUAUUAAAUAAUUAUUAAUUAUUUACCAAUGCAGAACAACUGCUUGACGGCUGUAUAGGCUGGUACAGCAUUUGAGAUCCCAAUUCAGUUAGUCAGUUAGUAAGCAUGAGGUUUGAGUGGGGUAAAAACAGGUUAACAAUACCCUAAGUUGUUAGUGGGGUAUAUCCCUUUGGUCUGUGUACUUACUUGAUAAAAUUAUUUUUCAAAGUCUUAGCAGGGCAAUCUCUUGUAUUCCAUUGACAAACAGUUUAAAAAAUAUUGUGUAGGG